AUGAAGCUCUCUCUUCUUACCACAGCACAAGCGCUGCUACUGUCUGCCUCUGCUCAUCCGCAGUAUGGAACCGGGUCACACUUGAGUUGGCACCCACCAGGGCCAAAUGACUUCCGUGGACCUUGUCCAAUGAUGAACACUUUGGCCAACCACGGCUUUCUUCCUCAUGAUGGCAGAAACAUCACUAAGGAGAAUGCAAUUCGUGGUAUAGGAGCAGGAUUGAACUUCGAUGCCGAUCUUGCGUCUUUGAUGUGGGAGCAGGCUAUCAUUGCCAACCCGGAACCCAACGCUACAUUCUUCACGCUUGACCACCUCAACCGCCAUAACGUCCUCGAACACGAUGCCAGCUUGAGUCGAACCGACGCUUUCUUCGGAAACAAUCACAUAUUCAACCAGAGCGUCUUUGACACAACCAAGUCCUACUGGACUGCUCCAUUACUCACUGCCCAAAUGCUCGCCAACAGCAAGUUGGCCAGACAGAUCGAGUCAAGGGCCUUCAACCCGAACUACACAUUCUCCAAGACGACUGAGGAGUUUAGUCUUGGUGAGGUUGCGGCACCGGUCAUUGCCUUUGGAGACAUGCAGAAGGGCACGGUGGAUAGGGCGCUUGUUGAGUACUUUUUCGAAAAUGAACGACUUCCGGAGGUGCUUGGAUGGUCGAAGAAGAAUCAAACAAUUGGGUUGCAAGAUAUUUUGAACGUUGUUACCAUCAUCAGGAAUGCUACCAGUCUGUUCACUGGGGCUCCUGGCUCGGAUGAUUCCCCGCACGGGAAUAACCGUCGCGAUCUUCAUGCUGCUUUUCUGAGUUAG